AUGGCUAGCUUUACUUUCACCUUCCUGUGUGCCUUGUGCCUCUUUGCUGCUCUUCAGCUGCCUCCCGGUGCCAAUGGUUGGUUUUUCCGUAAUAGAGGUAAUAGAGGAAGCGGAAGGGGGAGCGGCUCCUCCUCUGGUUCUAGCUCUUCCUCCUCCUCAGACGCGAAUGAGAUUGUGAACAAACAUAAUGAGCUGAGGAGAGGUGUUCGGCCUUCUGCUAGCAACAUGUUGAAAAUGUCCUGGAGCAAUGAGGCUGCAGCCAAUGCUCGGAGAUGGGCCAACAGCUGCUCCAUGAACCACAGUCCUAAAAGCGCCAGAAAGAUCAGCACUAGUGGCUGUGGAGAAAACCUGUACAUGUCCAGCUGGAAGAACAGCUGGAGCAACGCCAUCCAGGCCUGGUAUGAUGAGGUGAACGACUUCCAAUACGGAGUGGGAUCUGUGAACGGAAAAGUCAUCGGACACUACACACAGGUGGUUUGGUACAGGUCUAACUUGGUUGGCUGUGCCAUGAAGCACUGCCCCGGCCAAGGAAUGUACUUCUACGUCUGCCAGUACUGCCCACCUGGUAAUUUUGGCCAAAAGAUUCGCCCCUACAAGAGAGGACGCCCCUGUGGUGACUGCCCCAACGCCUGCGACAACAAACUGUGCACCAACCCCUGCCCCUACACUGAUAAGUACAAUAACUGCCCAAGCCUGAAGAAGCAGUGGGGCUGCAGCGGUGAUGUUGGCUCUUGGUGUCGUGCCUCCUGCGAGUGCAACUCUCAGAUUUAUUAA